GCACCAGGUUAGAUAAACACAACUCAUAUCGACCUGGCACUCACCCGCCUACGUAUCACAAAACUCGCGAAAUGUUCUCCAAAGUGUUGGUGGUCCUGGUGGUGGUGGGCGUGACCCUGGCUGACCCUGACGUCUACGAGCCAGUCUACAAACCGGAGCCGCUGCCCUACUACUUCAACUACAACGUGUACGACGACUACAAGGGCGCCAACUACGGCCAACAAGAGAAGUCCGACGGUAAAGCUGUGUACGGCUCCUACACCGUCGACCUCCCCGACGGUCGCAAACAAAGGGUGGACUACACAGCUGACCACUACAAGGGCUACGUAGCCAAGGUCAGCUACUACGGCAAGGCUCAGCACCCUAAACACUACGGCCCAGCCAUCACCUUCAAGCACCAAGGCUACGGCCACUGAGAACCACUUCACCCCCUCUCACACUUUCUUUCACAAAGCCGUGCCAGAAUUUGUUUCACCUUGUAUAUUUUUGUAAUAUAAAUAAACAUCCUUUACAGGCUUA